AUGUCUGGAUUCUCGUUUGGAGCACCAGCAGCAGCACCAGCAGCAGGAGGGGGCUUUUUUGGUGGCGCUGCACCAGCAGCUACAGGAUCACUCUUUGGCGCUAAACCAGCAGCACCGGCAGGAGGACUCUUUGGAGCGGCUGCACUUGCAGGAGGAAGUUUGUUCGGAGCACCAGCAGCUUCAGCACCCGCCACUGGAUUGUUUGGAGCUGCAUCAGCUGCGCCUGCCGCUGGAGGCAUGUUUGGAGCAUCAGCUGCGCCUGCUGGUGGAAUGUUUGGAGCAUCAGCCGCACCUGCUGCGAGUGGAAUGUUUGGAGCAUCAGCCGCGCCUGCUGCGGGUGGAAUGUUCGGAGCUGCGUCGGCAGCACCAGCGGCAUCAGGCUUUGGAGCAUCAACAUUUGGAGCGAGGCCAGCCACGACAGGAUUCGGAGCGUUCGGUGCAGCCCCCGCUGCUACUGCACCUGCCACAACAAGCUUAUUUGGAGCACCCAAACCCUUUGGAGCGCCUGGCUUUGGAGCUUCUACUUCAGCUGCUCCCGCACCCACUACACCUAGCUUUGGAGCUUCUCUUGCUUCUGGUCAGCGUCAGCAGUUCGUUAUAGGCAACGUUAAGCCUCAGAUCCCAGUGUGGCAGCUCCUCAUGAGCAUCAAGAAUGCUUGGGAUCCUACUCACCCCAACUGCUCAUUCAAGCAUUUCUUCUACAACUUUGUGCAUCCAGACGAUGUCAACAAAUAUGGACCACCACCAAAUGUAGAUAUUUACGAUUGGAACCAAGCCUUGCAGGAGUGCCCCGAUAGGGAGUGCAUGGUUCCUGCGCUUGCUGUUGGAUUUGAUGAUUUGAAAAAGAGAAUGGAGGCCCAAAACGACAUGACUGAAAUGCAGAGGAUAAAGCUGGAGGAGAUUGAGGCUAAGAUGAGCCAGAUCACACAGUUUCACAUGUUGCAGACCGCCAGCAAGGUCCGGGAAUUCAAGAGACGCCACAUUCAGCUCGCCCAGCGAGUCCUCACAUUGAUGAAGCGCGUUCAGAUUUUGAGGAACAGAGGUGUACCACUUCGUGCGGAUGAGGAAGUUUUGAGAGUACGGUUGGAGAAUGCAUUGGAGCAACUCAGGAACCCAGCACAUUUCCGAGGCAAGAUCACAGAGCUGUGGGCUCAACUUCAGAUUCUCAAGGACUCCAAGCGACUCCACCCUGCCGGCAACUAUGAGGUCUCUGAUGAAGCACAAUUGGAGGGCAUCAGUAAGGUAUUGCAAGACCACCAGGCUGGACUGCACCAGAUGACGAUGGUCUUGCAGCAAGAUAUGCAGGAUAUCGAGACGCUGCAACGGAAACUGGAAGAGAUGGGAUCAGGCGCCAAGUCAUAG